GAGAGGAUGCCUUUGCCUCGCGUUUGCUCAGACCUCGCAAACCUUCUGACUUGCAGUCCUGCAGCACAAACAACAUUGAGCCUGGAGAAAAGCAUGUCUCUUUGUCGGCUUGCAUAGACAGACAGGAACUACUUAAGUCAAGAGAAGCCCACAACUUUGUUUCAUAUGGAGAAAUCUGCAGGACAGCCCUUUCACACUGGGGUUCGCCACAGCCAAUCAGCUUCCUCCGUCUAACCCGGUCUUCUGCAUCCUCUCCUCUAACAGCAGCUACCUUCAUGUCUUCCUUCACUGUAUCCAGAAACCUCCUCUCUGGUCUUCCUUUAGACCUCUGGAAGCUCUAGACUCAUCAUCCUUCUGUCUCUGAACAUUUGCAAAUCUUCUCAGUCUGGUCUCUGACUUUUUCUCCAAAGCUUUAGAGCACUUCCAAAGACAAAACUGCUGUUUGCCCUGGUUGUGAAAGCAUCCUGUAUCCUCUUGAACUGUUAUAGUUUACAGGAAAAUGGAUCAUAGUACCAAACAUGGGCUGGUGCUGCUUGACCAGCUGAGGAAGAUGAGGGAAGUUGAACAUCUGACAGAUGUGGUGUUAGUUGCUGAGGGCAUCAGCUUCCCUUGCCACAGAGUGGUUCUGUCUGCCUUCAGUCCGUAUUUCCGCGUGAUGUUCACAUGUGGUCUGCGGGAGUGCAACAACAGAGAGAUUUUCCUGCACGACACCCCGGCAGAGAGCCUGGCGCUGCUACUGAACUACAUGUACUGCUCGGAUCUUCAUCUCACCAAUGCCAGCGUGCAGGGCAUCUCCGUUGCCGCUUUUCUUCUUCAGAUGGAUGACGUCUUCAUGCGCUGUCAGCAGCACAUGACUGAAAACAUGGAUCCAUCCAACUGCCUAGGUGUGUAUUAUUUUGCCCGGGACCUCGGUGCAGAGGAACUGGCAGACCAUGCUAAGCGCUUCUUGAGACAAAACUUUGCCCAAGUGUGUCAGAGUGAUGAGAUUCUGGAGCUGGAGGCCCACCAGCUGGGAAAGCUUCUGAGUUCGGAUGAUUUGAAUGUGUCGCAAGAAGAAACCAUCUUGGACGUGGUUCUUUGCUGGGUCAAACACAACCCUCUAGGUGAUCAAGAGGGACGAGCUCUGCAUCUUCCGGAGCUUUUGAGAAAGGUCCGCCUGCCGCUGAUAAACUCUGACUACCUGAGAGAAGCUAUGAAGAGAAAUACUGCCCUGCUAGCUGAUGCUGAGUGUCUUGAGAUGAUGAAUGAGGCUCUGCAGGCCACAGCCAUGCAUCCCGCAGCUGCACCACGCAAAAUCAAGCUCCGGUAUGGCAUGGAGACCACUGACCUGCUGCUCUGCAUUGGAAAUGACACUUCAGGGAUCAGGUCAAGGUAUGGUAAAUAUGCCGAGUGCAGCUUUUGCUAUGCUCCAUCGACUAGCCGGACUUACUACAUCACUUCGCCUCGCUAUGGAGAAGCUCUGGGGUACGUGUGUGCUGGAGUCGUGACAGAAAGAAACAACAUUGUUGUAGCAGGAGAGGCAAGUGCAAGAAGAAUGUCCCGACAGAAAGACAUGAAGGUUGAGAUCUACAGGUAUAAAGUGGAGGCUCAAGGAAGCUGGGAGCCCCUGACAUCUGCAGAGUACCGCGACUCCUAUGCUCUGGGAUCACUUGGGGACACCCUGUAUCUCCUGGGAGGACAGAUGAAGCUGAAGAACCAGUUUCUAAUCACCAACAGUGUGGAGCGAUGGUCCCUACAUGGCGGACCCUGGCGAAGUGCAGCCCCCCUCCCUAUGCCUUUAGCCUACCACAGUCUGGUCCGAAUGAGAGACGUCCUUUAUGUGAUGGGUGGUCUCACCCCACAGUCGUAUCGCAUGGACGACGAGCCCGAUCGUCUCAGCAACCGCCUGCUCCAGUAUGAUCCAAACACAAACAAAUGGACAGAGCUGGGUCCCAUGAAGUACUCAAAGUACCGCUGCAGUGCUGUAGCACUCAACGGUGAAAUCUACGUGAUCGGAGGAAUUGGGUGUGAGGGCGUAGAUCGUGGUCAGUCACGUCAUUGUCUGGAUGUCGUAGAGAUCUACAACCCGGAUGGAGAUUGCUGGAGGGAUGGACCUCGUCUCCCGUGUCCCCAGCUCUCCCUGCAUACCAAAGCCUCGAACGCAGGCGUGGUGGGUGGAAGGAUUUACAUCUGUGGAUAUUACAAGGGAGCAGGUCGACAUGACGUUAUAACGAAAGACAUUUUGGAGCUGGAUCCCCAGGAGGACCGCUGGACUGUGGUGGCCCGAAACGCUGUGAUGCACGACAACUAUGAUGUCUGCUUGGUAGCAAACCUGAACCCGAGGGGUCUCACCCCCCCACCUGCGGACUUGGUCAAAGUGUGACACAGUAAGAUCAAAGUCUGUGUGAGGAAAACUAGUGAUGCAAAUGAAUGAUUAAUGCACUUAAUGCUGGGCCAAAGCCAGUCAACUUAGUGCUUAGCAUAGAGAACAGACAGUUCUGAGGGGUUAACCAACACUUUAUAUGUUGACCUGCAGUCAUUAACGAAACCCUUGUGCUAUCGUACGCAUUUUGACAUUGGGAGUUGGGUCAUCUAGACCCACUAGGCAGUGUGCUGAACCUUUUUUCUUCAAUGAUUUGUGAUCUUCACUGGUGUCCAUGGAUUACAUGAAAUCUUUCCACCUUUAUCCACCUUUGUCAUGGUAGGGAGAACACGUCAAUGUAAGGGUGGGGUCAUCUAAGAUAGCACUGUCCAGCAGCUGUCCAACAUCCACAAAACAACUAAAUGUAGUUGAAACCCCCCAUGGAAAUAAACAAAGUGCAUUAAAAUGACGCCUCAUAAAUAUACUGCCAUCAACGCAGAGAGCAUCAAGUCUAACUGGCUCUAAGUUAGACAUUUUUUUUGUUGUCAAUUCUAUAAAGGAAAGUAUAAGUGUUUUACAUGUGCUUUCUUUAGAAAAUCAUUGAACUGGAUUAUGAAUUAAAAAAUAUGAAAUGAAUCUAAACAAAAGGAAUUUAGUCUCUUUAAAAGUACAGUAUAUUUAAAUGUUUUUUGUCCUUUAUAUGGAAAAAGUUGUGGUAUUGCCUUGUGUUACAUAAAGUGUUUUCUUAUGUACAAAUAAAGCUCAUUACUUGUUCGUGGAUCUUUAACAGGGAAAGGAAGAAGUCCUUAUAUUCAGUUAAUUAUUUUCAAAAUAAUGUAAAAUAUGUCGACUGUGGAGCCAUUUUAAAUCAAUUUAACACCAGUUCAGUCUCAUGUCAUGUUUAUUUCUAAGUUGUAAAAACACUGAAGCAUAAAUAAAAGAUUUAAACAGUU